AUGUUUGUGGUCCAUAAGUUGUUCUUGCUUUAUCUUCAUUUCCUUCUUCUUAAUGGUACAUUAAUUUAUGCUCCAUUCUUGACCCCAUAUUCUUUUUCAGGUGAGGGGGGAGCCACUCUUUCUCCACUCUUUCUCUCUCUUUCUCUCUCCACUCUUUCUCUCUCUUUCUCUCUCCACUCUUUUCUCUCUCUCCUCUUUUCUCUCUUUCUCCUUUCUCUCUCCUCUCUUUUUCUCCCUUUCUCUCUCCACUCUUUUUCUCUCCUCUCUCUUUCUCCCUUUCUCUCCCUUUCUCUCUCUCCACUCUUUCCACUCUUUUUCUCCCUUUCUCUCUUUUCUCCCUUUCUCUCUUUUCUCCCUUUCUCUCUUUUCUCCCUUUCUCUCUUUUCUCCCUUUCUCUCUUUUCUCCCUUUCUCUCUUUUCUCCCUUUCUCUCUUUUCUCCCUUUCUCUCUUUUCUCCCUUUCUCUCUUUUUCUCCCUUUCUCUCUCUCCAUUCUUUUCUCCCUUUCUCUCUUUUCUCCCUUUCUCUCUUUUCUCCUUUCUCUCUUUUCUCCCUUUCUCUCUUUUCUCCUUUCUCUCUUUUCUCCCUUUUUCUCUUUUCUCCCUUUUCUCUUUUCUCCUUUCUCUUUUUUUCUCCCUUUUCUCUCCCCAUUCUUUUUCUCCCUUUCUCUCUUUUCUUUUUUUUCUCCUUUUUCUCUCCCCCUCUUUUUUUCUCCCUUUCUCUCUCUCCCUUUCUUUUUUUCUCCCUUUCUCUCUCUCCUCCACUCUUUUUCUCCCUUUCUCUCUCUCUCCACUCUUUUUUUCUCCCUUUCUCUCUCUCUCACUCUUUUUCUCCCUUUCUCUCUCUCUCCCUCUUUUUUUCUCCCUUUCUCUCUCUCUCUCCCUUUUUUUCUCCUUUCUCUCUCUCUCCACUCUUUUUUCUCCCUUUCUCUCUCUCUCCUUUUUUUCUCCCUUUCUCUCGCUUUUUCUCCCUUUCUCUCGCUUUUUCUCCCUUUCUCUCCUCUUUUUCUCCCUUCUCUCCUCUCUUUUUUCUCCCUUUCUCUCUCUUUUUUUUCCUUUUUCUCCUCUUUUUCUCCCUUUCUCUCCACUCUUUUUUCUCCCUUUCUCUCUCUCUCUCCACUCUUUUUUCUCCCUUUCUCUCUCUCUCUCCACUCUUUUUUCUCCCUUUCUCUCUCUCUCCACUCUUUUUUCUCCCUUUCUCUCUCUCUCCACUCUUUUUUCUCCCUUUCUCUCUCUCUCCACUCUUUUUUUACUUUUAUUUCUUUCUUUUUCCCUUCCUUUCUUUGUGUACCUAUUGCAAUGGGAAACUCAAAAUGGAGCAAGAAUGAGGCAGCCAUUCUAGGCAUGCCCCACCGUGAACGCCAACUGCAUUUAGCUGUAAUGGGUAAUGAUAAGGACACAGUACGAAACCUCAUUGUUGAAGGAGCAGACAUGAAUUAUCCCUGGAGCAAUCCAACAGUGCCCAGUGUCAAGGAUAGUACCACUCCACUUUUGGCAGCAGUCUCUCUCAAUCAUGUGGAUAUCACUAUAGGGGUCUUUCUUUCUUCUUUCUUUCUUCUUUCUUUCUUUCUUUUUUUUUCUUUUUCUUUCUUUCUUUCUUUCUUUCUUUCUUUCUUUUUUUUUUCUUUCUUUCUUCUUUCUUUCUUUCUUUUUUUUUUCUUUCUUUCUUUCUUUUCUUUCUUUCUUUUUUCUUUUCUUUCUUUCUUUUUUCUUUCUUUCUUUUUUCUUUUCUUUCUUUCUUUUUCUUUUCUUUUCUUUCUUUUUUCUCUUUUUCUUUUUUCUCUUUUUUCUUUUUUCUCUUUUUUCUUUUUUCUUUUCUCUCUUUCUCUUUUUUUUCUCUUUCUUUCUUUUUUUCCUUUUUUGUCUAUCCUUCUGAAUGCUGGUGCCAAUGUCAAUUUACCCGAUCGCAAUGACUGUACCCCUUUAUAUAAAGCUGCCUACCAUGGCCGGCCACAUCUUGUAGACAUUCUCGUUCAGGCUGGUGCAGAUAUCAACCGUGCAGACAAAGACGGCCAGACCCCACUUUACAUCUGCGUGCAGAAUGCAAUUGUCCAUUCCAGUUAUGCAACUGUGGAGAAACUUCUUUCAGCAGGUGCCUCGGUUGAUAAAUGUGAUAAUUCUGGCAAAUCACCACUGAAUGUUGCUGCCCACUGGAAACUGAAAGAUAUGAUUAGACUAUUGCUUGCAGCCAAAAGCAACGUGAAUCUAACGGACAAACGGGGUCACACACCCCUCUAUGUGUGUGUCAGUUCACUCAGCACGGGUCUCUACAAGGAAGAUCUCAAGUAUCAGGUACCCUGCAUCAAGGUACUGUAUCGUGCUGGUUGUGAUAUGCUUAAUCUGGUUGAUUGGCUCAAAUGGAAAGGGCCAGGCAUCCCACAAGAACUCCUCUCUGAGCAAGGCGAUGAGGCUUUUCUUGAGUGGUACACGAUGAGUAUGCGUUCACCACACUCUUUGUGUAAUCUCUGUCGUAAAGUUGUCCAACAGACACUGUUUAUGAAUCACUGUUCACAGGAUUAUCUUCAAUUUGUCUACAUGCUGCCUUUGCCACACAAGCUGCGAGUCUAUCUUUCACGUAAAAUGUUUCACCUGCCAACUUCCUGA